AAUAACAAACAGCGGUAGUCGGGGUUGCACUAAGCGAUCGGGGGCCCGAGAAGCUCCCGGAGGUCCCCCCCAGCGCCUGUCCCCCCUUUCUCGCGGCCUGUUGGCGGUCCCGCCGUGCCGGCCCGCACCGUCCGCCUUUCUCAUUCGGGUGGCGGCCUGAAGCUGCCCUGUAGAUCCGCAGCGAGAAGGAGGAGCUUCUGUCGCGGCCGCCGGUCACCGGCGCGGGAUGGUGCGCGGGGCCGCCCAGCUGUUGCCGCUGUUAUUGCGGCCUCCUUCGGGUCUCUGAUGCUUCGUGUUUAAUAGAAAUUUCAUUCUCUUGCCAAAGUCAAAUGAGGAAAAGAAGAGGUUUUGCAAUCCAGCCGCUUGGAAAGACCCUUGUACCUCCAUGCAGUACCUGAAGUUCCUAAAUAAUAGAGAGUCAAAGGUAUAAACUUCAGGAGCCUAAAAAAGUCACCAUGAAAUUAUAUGUAUUUCUGGUCAACACUGGAACCACCCUUACGUUUGAUACAGAACUUGCAGUACAAAAUGUUGCCGACCUUAAACAAGCAAUUCAAACCAAGUACAAGAUUGCUAUUCAACAUCAGGUGCUGGUUGUCAAUGGAGGGGAGUGUAUGGCAGCUGACAGGAAAGUUUGUAGUUACAGCGCUGGAACGGACACAAACCCAAUUUUUCUCUUCAACAAAGAAAUGAUCUUAUGUGAACGUCCUCCAGCUAUCCCCAAAACGACAUUUUCAGCAGAAAAUGAGAUGGAAUUAAAAGUCGAAGAAUCUCUUAUGAUGCCUGCAGUUUUUCACACGGUAGCUUCACGGACACAGCUUGCUGUGGAAAUGUAUGAGAUUGCCAAGAAACUUUGUUCCUUCUGUGAAGGUCUCGUCCAUGAUGAACAUCUUCAGCACCAAGGCUGGGCUGCCAUAAUGGCAAAUUUGGAAGAUUGCACAUAUUCCUACCAAAAGCUGCUUUUCAAGUUUGAAAAUGCAUAUUCAAAUUACCUGCAGUCCAUAGAUGAUAUUAAGCUGAAACUUACACAUUUAGGGGCUGCUGUUUCCAUAAUGGCCAAGAUCCCACUGCUGGAGUGCCUAACCAGACAUAGUUACAGGGAAUGUUUGGAACGGCUGGAUUCUUCUGCUGAACAUGAAGUGACAGAAGGUGAAGACACUGAGAAUGAGAAGUCAGCUGAAGUGGUGCUUUCUCCUGACAUGUUUAAAACGAACAAACAAUCACUGCUGUCCUCAUGUUGCAAAUCAGUAGAACAUUCAACCCUAGAUGGCACAGUUUCUGAAAAAAUGAAUGAAAAUAAGGAAGCCAGUCAAAAUCCUUCAGUCCAGGACAGUGAAAUGUCAGCAGAGCUGGGAGAGAGUGAUCUACCUUCUUUCAAUGUUUCUCUAUUAGACUGGAUAAAUGUUCAAGAUAGACCCAAUGACGUCGAAUCCUUGGUCAGGAAAUGUUUUGAUUCUAUGAACAGACUUGACCCGAGGAUUAUUCAGCCCUUUUUGGCCGAAUGCCGACAGACUAUUGCCAAAUUAGAUAAUCAGAACAUGAAGGCCAUUAAGGGGCUUGAAGACAGGCUUUAUGCCUUGGACCAGAUGAUAGCUAGUUGUAGCAGGCUGGUUAAUGAACAAAAAGAACUUGCUCAGGGAUUUUUGGCUAAUCAGAAGAGAGCAGAGAACUUGAAAGAUCCUUCUGUGUUACCUGAUUUGUGUUUAAGUCAUGCAAAUCAAUUGAUGAUUAUGUUAACUAACCACAGGAAACUUUUAGAUAUUAAACAGAAAUGUACUACUGCCAAACAAGAACUUGCAAAUAACUUACAAGUCCGACUGAAAUGGUGCUGCUUUGUAAUGCUUCAUGCUGACCAAGAUGGAGAGAAACUGCAAGCCUUGCUUCGUCUCGUAACAGAGCUGCUAGAACGAGUGAAGAUAGUAGAGAAGCUUAGUAAUGUCCCUCAGAUGUACUGUUUGGCUGUUGUUGAAGUUGUAAGGAGGAAGAUGUUUGUAAAACACUACAGGGAGUGGGCUAGCGCUUUAAUAAAAGAUGGGAAACACCUUUAUGAUGCAGAAAAGGCCAAAAGGGAAACUUUUGGGAAAUUAUUUAGGAAGUCUUUUCUAAGAAAUCGUUUGUUCAGAGGUCUUGAUGCCUGGCCUCCAUCAUUUUGUACUCGGAAACCUCGCAGAUUUGAUAGUGAACUUCCUGAUAUCUCAUUAUCUGAUCUGCAGUUUCUACAGUCCUUUUGUCCUUCAGAAGUCCAACCAUUACUCAGGGUUCCCAUACUUUGUGAUUUUGAACCUCUCCACCAGCAUGUACUUGCUCUACAUAACCUGGUCAAAGCAGCACAAAGUUUGGAUGAAAUGUCACAGACCAUUACAGAUCUGCUGAAUGAACAAAAGGCUUCCAACAGUCAAGCUUCCCCACAAUCUGUUAUUACCCCAAGGAUGGAAAGUACAACAGGAACAAUUGCUACCUCUCCUAGAACUCCUCCAUCGCUUAGCCUUCAGGGUCCUCUUUGCCCUCCUGAGUGCCCCCCCGGUCCAAUAGAAGAAUUGUCUCCAGACAGUAUUGAUGCUCAUACGUUUGACUUUGAAACAAUUGCCCAUCCAAGUAUAGAGCAUGGUCUGAAACAAGGGUCAUUAGACUUGGACUCACUGGCAGAAAGUCCAGAAUCUGACUUUAUGUCAGCAGUGAAUGAGUUUAUAAUAGAAGAAAAUCCAGCAUCUCCAAAUGUGAUAAGUGAUCCACAAAGUCCAGAAAUGAUGGUGGAGUCCCUGUAUUCCUCAGUUAUCAAUGCAAUAGAUAGUAGGCGGAUGCAAGACACAAAUAUUUGUGCAAAACGAGCAGCCCUAGAAAAUUCUGCUAUAAAUGUUUACAUGGCGAAAUGUAGAGUUGCUGCCCAGGAAUCUCAGUUAAAUCUAAGAAACUUCAAAGAAGACCUUUGUCACUUUAGAACAUUUGUAGAAAAAGAACAGUGCGACUUUUCUAGUUCUUUAAAAUGUACUUCAAUAGAAAUACGAAACAUUAUAGAAAAAGUAAAACUGUCUCUUGAAAAGACACUAAAAGAAAAGCAUCAAAAAGAACUGCAGUCUGUAAAAAUGGAAUAUGAAAGCAGAAUGAAUAUUUUAGUUGAAGAUGGUGAGGAGAACAAAAAAAAGAUUACAAAAUUAAAGUUAGACUUGAAAAGUCUUGAAGAUGUUUUGCAUGAUAAAGAUGAUGAGUUUGCAAUAGUAAAGAAUGAAAAGGAAGCUGUCGUAUGUUUACAGAAUGAAAAAGAUGAGAAGCUGCUCGAAUUGGAAUGCCAAAUGAAGAAUCAAUGUUGUGAAAUUAAAGAAUUAAGGGAAUCUCGUGAAAGUGCAUUAGAAAAUCUGAAAAAACUUCAUAUAGAAACUGGUGAAAAAAUGCAGCUUUUGAGGGCAGAACUUCAGAGUUUGGAGCAAGAUCAUUUGAAGGAACUAGAAGCCAGUCUUCAGGUCAGACGUACACAAGAAUUUGAAGUGCUAAUGGCUGAACACAGUGAUUGUUUAGAGAAGUUAAUAAAGGAAAACCAAUGCCGACUUGAACAGAUGCAGGAAUCUCAUGCUGUAGACAUCCAAGAAAAAGAAAAACAGAUUGAGGAACUAAAGCUCAAGGUUUCUGAACUGUCUGACUUGAGAUGCAAAUUGGAAGUUGAACUUGCUUUGAAAGAAGCAGAAACAGAUGAAAUGAAACUACUCUUAGAAGAAAGCAAAACUCAGCAGCAGGAUAACUUACAAUCUGUUAUUGACAAGGAAACAGACAUUUUAAGAAAAGAGAUUGAUAAAUUGAACCAUUUAAUAAAAAUUAAUGAUGAGGAAUAUCAGAUAGGAUUAGCAGAGCUAAGAACUUUAAUGACUACUGAGAAAGAUCAGUGCAUUUCAGAAUUAAUUGGCAGGCACGAAGAAGAAACACAUUUGCUUAAAACUGAGUUGAACAAAGUAACUUCUUUGCAUCAGAAAGCUUUUGAAGCUGAAAAGAGGUUGGAAGAACAAAUAACAGAAUUGCAAGGUAAGCUAGAAUUGGCAGUGACUGCCCUGGAGAAGCAAAAAGAGGAGAAUUUGGCCCUAUGUGAACAGCAAAAAAAAUAUGAAGCCACUAUCAAUAAGUUUGAAGAAGAGAAACAGCUGUUGGUUACUAACCAUGAGGAAGACAGGAAGCUGCUUGUUGAGAAGCUCAGUUGUGAAAAAGAAGAUGCAGUACGAAUUGCCCUGAAAGAAUUUGAAUUACAUCGGGAAGCUGUUGAAAAAGAACUGUUGGAAAAAAUUCAGACACUUGAGAUGCAGGUUAAUCAGAGUUCGUCUGAAUCAUCUGCGUCAAGCUUGGUUGCUGAACUUCAAGAAAAACUUCAGGAGGAGAAACAGAAGUUUUUGGAGCAGCUUGAAGAACAUGAGAAGAGGAAAAAUGAGGAAAUGCAAAACAUUCGAACAUCACUCACUGCAGAACAGCAGACUACCUUCAAUACUGUUCUAACAAGAGAAAAAAUGAAAAAAGAAAACAUAAUAAAUGAUCUUAGUGACAAAUUAAAAAUGAUUACACAACAGCAAGAAAGGGAUAAGGAUUUGAUAGAAACUCUUUCUGAGGACCGAGCUCGUUUACUUGAAGAAAAGAAGAAACUUGAAGAAGAAGUUAAUAAGCUGAGAAGUAGUAGUUCUAUUCCAUCAACUUAUUUAGCUCCUACUUCAGAACCUUCUGGAGCUUGUGCAGCAGAUUUUACAGCAGACACGGAGCGAUUGACAUCAGAUGUACCUGAAGAGGGAAAAAUGGAUUCUGUAAUGGAAACCAGCAUGAUGGCUGUAAAUGAAAAUGCUCAGAUGUUGUCUGAAGAAAAGCAGAGGAUAAUGUUGUUAGAAAAAACACUGCAGUUGAAAGAAGAGGAAAAUAAGAGGCUUAAUCAAAGAUUGGACACUUUGGGGCAUGUGUCAAUGUCGACUACCGCCUCGGCAUUGUCAGCUGUGCUGUCCCCAAUAUCGACUCACGUGGAUAUCAACCGCCCAAUGCUGAAACGCUCAGCCCAGACAUCUCAGUCCUUAGCCCAUACUCCCUCCAAAAAAUGCAGAGAAGAUGCCUCCUCCCAAUCAGGGGACGAAAACCCCGAUCCUCCAGUGGAACCCUCGCCGCCUCAACAAUUGGGCAAUGAUCUUCCAAUCUCCCCUUCGGAAGACUUGAAAUCCUACGGAGAUUUCAUCAAGUGGAUGGCUAACACGCUCACUCUGUCUACAGUACAGCCCCUGCCUACUGUGACAGACUCUGUGUUCGAUAUCGUCCAGAUGGACACUUCUACAGCUACUGCGUUACUGAUUACUUCGGUCCGCCUUCAGGCAGCUAAAGUCCCAUGGUCUCACCCGACAUCUACACCCGUCUCGAGCCGGACAGUAGAUCAUAUUUUUCAGGUUGGCGAUUUGGUUCUCAUUAUUUUGGAUGAACGCCAUGACAACUAUGUAUUAUUUACCGUUAGCCCAACUUUGUAUUUCUUGCACUCAGAAUCUCUUACUGCACUGGACCUCAAACCAGCUUCAGGUGCAUCUAGAAGACCCUGGGUGCUAGGGAAAGUAAUGGAAAAGGAAUAUUGCCAGGCUAAAAAGGCACAAAACAGAUUUAAAGUUCCUCUAGGUACAAAAUUCUACAGAGUAAAAGCGGUGCCAUGGAACAAGAAAGUAUAACACAUGAUGGAAACUCAGCUCAUCACCAUUUUUUCUGGCUUGGCCUUCAGUGCUCAUUUAUCACUCCAAGUAGCAGGCCAUCAUCUUUUUAUACUGAGGUCACAGGACAAUGCUCCCCAAUACACAAGUUUUCCCCCCCUUUUUUAAUGUGUUAUAUUUUAGAAGCAAGAGUUUCAUCAAAAUGUCUGGCCCAGCUGUUCCAGGUUUUUACCCAGAUAACGUUAGAUGUGUGGACCAAAUGAGUUCAUUUUUCUGAAAGGGCAAAUCCAGUUUUAUCAUGGCUUGUUUACUAGCCAUGUUAAUUGCCUGUUAAAUAUACAUUAGUUCUUAUUAGCUGUUUAAAUGUUAGCUACCAUUAUUACCAGCAUUCGUCCUUUUGUGAAAUCAUUAUCAAAGUACUUGCACUCUUUAACAAGUUCUUUAUAAUAGGUAUAAAUUCAUCAGCUAUCUAAAGAGGUGUGUUCAUUGCAUGCGGAUAAUCAUAAUUUUCUUCAACAUGAGUUUGCCUCAGUAAAUGAAAGGUAACAACUGCAACUUGCUUCAUUGCAUUAAAAAGCCCUUUAAUAUAAAAGAUACAAAAGAAGAAGAACAUUUAUUUGAUGGACUGAUAAUGAAUCAGUUAUAUGUAAAUCUGCAGUCUUCAGAAGAACUUUUGAAUGUUUGAUCAAAGAUUUAGAAGGGAAGUAGCUGUGCUCUUGUAUUUAAAUGAAGCACCUGGACCUUCCCAAACCACAGAAAAAGUCUUGUAUUAAUCUAUUUAGAAAAAUCAUAUUGAUGGAAUUGUAUUUCAUGGCCGAGAUUCAGGAAAAAAAAGAAUCCAUUGUACAUUAACUAUAAAAAGGUCAUUUAAGUAACAAAUUAUUGUAUUGUAAAAGACAUGUAGAAUUUUAAAACAAUAAAGAUUUGAAACUGUAAAUGUCUGAAUGGUCUGCAUGCUUUUUAAAUGCCAAUGUGGUACAGCAGUUCUAUCCAAGACUGUUCCUGUAAAUUUAAAAUUUAAAUGUAUAAGAAUUUUUAUGAAUAUAAAAUGCCUGUAUUAUUCCAAAAGAAGCAGCAUUCUACAAUUUUCAGUGUAUGAUUGAGGUAAUAAUUUAAAUGACAGUUCAUGUUUGCACAGCAAAGCAUAUAAAUAAAAU